CCAAAUGUUCAGUGACGUAUCCAGCUUUGACACUUCCUAGUUUGUUUUCUGAGCUGAACCGAAACCAGACGCCCAAUUAGAGAAUGCAUCUGUCCAGGGUUGGAAGUUACAUGAAGAGGAGAAAACGGGGCUGCUCUCAGGCCUGAUCACUUUUUGUCUUCCUCUGUCUGGCCAUCACUCUCUGCCUCUUCGGAUAGGUGCUCACCCCCACUCUCCCCUCGCCAACAUGCUGUGUUGGGGGAAUGCAAAAGACGGACAGUUGGGUAUUGGUUUGGAGAGGAACCCCAUGCCGGAGCCAAGGAUCUGUCAUGUGUUCAGUGGCAGGGGACUGAAGGACGUGGCCUGUGGAGGGCAACACACAAUGUUCCUGCUGCAGGAUGGUAGCGUCUACACAUGUGGUUCUAACAGCUGUGGACAGCUGGGCCAUGACAAACCAGGGACCUCCCCAGAGCUGGUCGUAGCUCUAGACACGCAGAAGAUAAUGAUGGUGUCGUGUGGGUGGGCCCAUUCUAUGGCGGUGAACGAGCAGGGACAAGUGUUUGCCUGGGGAGCUGGUGAAGGGGGCCAGCUCGGCCUGGGGACAGCAGAGGCGGCAGUUCGAAUCCCAAGAUUGGUCAAAAGGCUGUGUGACCAUCGGAUCUCUCAAGUAAUGUGUGGGAACCAGCACUGCAUUGCACUUUCUAGAGAUGGCCAGCUGUUCACGUGGGGCCAGAACACCAGCGGUCAGCUCGGUCUGGGGAAAGGAGAGCCCAGCAAGCUGUCCCCCCAUCCCCUCAAGUCUCUGGCGGGAAUUCCUUUGGCUAAGAUAACUGCUGGGGGAGACCACAGCUUUGCUCUCUCCUUGUCCGGAGCUGUAUUCGGUUGGGGCAAGAACAAAGCUGGACAGCUGGGUCUCAAUGAUAAACAAGACCGUGCUGUCCCAUGCCACAUCAAAUUUUUGAGGUCUCAAAAAGUUGUUCACAUCAGCUGUGGAGACGAACACACAGCGGCCCUCACGAAGGAUGGUGGCUUGUUUACAUUUGGUGAUGGCUCGUGGGGUCAGCUGGGUCACGGCUCUACCAAUAAUGAACUUCUCCCAAGGCGAGUGCUGGAGCUCAUGGGCACUGAAGUGUCCCAGAUCACCUGCGGAAGGCACCACACGUUGGCGUUUGUUCCCUCCUCUGGUGUGGUGUAUGCGUUUGGUUGUAACAGCCACGGUCAGCUUGGCACGGGAAUGCUGGGGGACGCUAGAAGCCCAUUUCCUGUCAAGACCAGUUUCCUGACUGGAAAUUUCCAAAGAACAGUGACCAAAAUCAUCUGUGGAGGAGACCACAGCUUCUUAUUGUACUCUAAUGAACAGAGUUCUGUCCCUCCAGAAGACUUCAGAGUGAUUAAUAUCAGUAAAUCAAUCUCCCCGAUCAAUUAUGAGAGAUUAAAUUCAUGGAGGUUAAAGCUGAUGUACACCUCAGAUUCUAGUGUCACAAAUGACAUCAUUAUUCAGCUCUCUUCCACGGCAUGUUGGAACGCCAGCUUCUUGGACCAAAGUGAUGAUACCCACUUCAAAACCAACCCAAAGAUCCCAGGCAUUGAUCUGAACUCUGUCAGAAUGCUGUUUGCGACGCUCAGCAAACCUGCUUUCUCUGGACUUCUGGAGCAGGCCACCAAGAGCUUUGAGAGUCUGUUGAUCCCUCAGCUGCCGCGCUCCCCUCCAGACGUGGAGGCCAUGAGGAUCUACCUCAUACUGUCCGAGUACCCGGCCCUGCAGGACUCCAAGAACUACAUCCGCCUCACCAUCCCCCUGGCGAUGGCCAUCCUCCGGCUAGACGCCAACCCCAGCAAAGUAUUGGAUAACUGGUGGUGUUUUGUGGACGGCAGUGUUUUCACCAGAAUGGUCGACAUGUACAAGAGCAUCGUUGUGUUUAUGCUGACGGGAGGCAAGACGCUGCUGGUGCCGGUCUUCUAUGAGAAUUAUUUUGUUGCCACACUAAGACUGCUGGAGAAACUCCACAAGGUAAACUUAAAGGCCCAGCACGUGGAGUACAACCAGUUUUAUAUCCCUGACAUCACCAGCCUGGUGGACAUCCAGGAAGACUACCUCAAAUGGUUUCUGAGUAAAGCUGAGAUUAAAGGAUCUUCCUCCCCGUCACAGAGUGACUUCCCCUCAGUGAACCUAUGUGCCUACCCGUUCAUUCUGAACGCUCAAGCCAAGACAACCAUGCUGCAAACAGAUGCUGAACUGCAAAUGCAGAUGGCAGUAAGCGGUGCAAACCUUCACAAUGUGUUCAUGCUGCUCACGCUGGAACCCCACCUUGCCAGGAACCCUUACUUGGUGCUCCAUGUGCGCAGGAACCAUUUAGUGAGUGAUACGCUGCGUGAGCUCACCAUGUACUCUGAUGUGGACCUCAAGAAGCCGCUCAAGGUGAUCUUUGAUGGAGAGGAAGCUGUAGACGCAGGCGGAGUUACUAAAGAGUUCUUCCUGCUGCUGUUGAAGGAGCUGAUGGAUCCUGUGUACGGGAUGUUCACACAUUACAAAGAGUCCAACCUGCUGUGGUUCUCAGACAAAUGUUUUGUUGAGCAGAACUGGUUUCACCUGAUCGGGAUCAUCUGCGGUCUCGCCAUCUACAACUCCACGGUGGUGGACCUCCACUUCCCUCUGGUUCUCUACAAGAAGCUGCUGGAGGUGGCGCCCACGCUGGAGGACUUCAAGGAGCUCUCGCCCACCGAGGCCAGGAGUCUACAACAACUUCUGGACUAUGACGGAGCCGAUGUGGAGGAGACGUUUCUUCUCAACUUUGCUAUCACCAGGGAGAACUAUGGGAUGACAGAAGUCAAGGAGCUCAUCCCUGGAGGAGAGAGCGUCAGCGUAGACAAAAACAACAGGAAGGAGUUUGUGGAGGCCUACCUGCGCUACGUGUUUUCAGACUCGGUGAGCGAGCAGUACUCGGCCUUCUCCUCCGGCUUCCUGAAGGUGUGCGGGGGGGAGAUCCUGUCGCUGUUCCAGCCCUCUGAGCUGAUGGCCAUGGUGGUCGGCAACAACAAUUACAACUGGGAGGAGAUGGAGAAGAAUGCCAUUUACAAAGGGGAAUACUCUGCCACUCAUCCAACAGUCAGACUGUUCUGGGAGGUUUUCCACGAGUUCCCUCUGGAGAAGAAGAAACAGUUCUUAUUGUUCCUGACCGGCAGCGACCGGAUCCCCAUCCACGGCAUGGAGAGCCUGCGCAUCGUCAUCCAGUCCACCACGGCGGAGGAGCACUACCUGCCGGUGGCCCACACCUGCUACAACCUGCUCGACAUGCCCCGCUACCAGACCAAAGAGAUCCUGCGCUGCCGCCUCACUCGGGCUGUGGAGCAGUACGAGGGUUUCAGCCUGGUCUGAGGACGGGAGGUCUUAAUGCACUUUAACAGCAAUAAACCACCGUGUUAGUGUCAAAACAGUGUAACGGGGGGCGGGACUGCGGCACACAGGAAAGUCACUCUCUUUAUAUGCUUUUACAAGAUUGUUAAGCAUCUUGAAUCUGAAAGGUCUAUGUAUGUAUAUGCAGAGUAUUAUUGUUUCGAUUGCUUUGGGCAAAGUUUCUCAACCUUCAUGGAUCAAUGGGAGGAUAUCAUGUGAUGAUGUGUGAUAUUUAUUUGACUACAGAAAAAAAAUGACAAGCUGGGAUCAAAAAAAUGUUGGGACCUAAAAAUCAAAGACCGGAGAAGGUUGAGAAACUGACUUUGGGUGUUUGCGUAGUUUCAUUAGUUUGUCUUAUUUUGCACAGCUGUGUAUUUUAUAUUCAACUCCUUAAAUUCUAUUUUUCACCUGUAAAUAAUUCUGUUAUUACCUUGAGACAAUAUAUCUGCGUUUUGUUACAUUUAAUUUAUUAAAUAGAGUGGUUAUUUUUUUGACAAAAUGAAAAUGUGUAUAUAUGUAUGUAAAUAGCACUUUGAAUAUAAUCUUUACCCUCGACAUUGGGAGCAAUGUUCGUCCAGCUGAUCCUUUAUAAUCUGGACACCAGCAUGUCCUCGCUGCCUGAAAGUAAAGGACAAUUGAGGAGGAGUAUCUGGCAGGAGGGAGGGUGCAGGAUGAGACAUGGUGAAUAUUAUUUGCAAUCUUUUCCUUUCGAGCUGUGGAUCACAGAGCAGCUGACUUUGUCUUGAACCUGCAUUCAACAGUGUUGCCUUCUACAGCAAAACCUACACAGAAAGCUGACUUUUAAAGGAUUUGUAGUGGUUGUUGUCUGUGUGCAUGUUCAUGAGUGAAAGCAAAAAAAAACAAAACUGUAAUUGUAAUUUAAAAACUUUGACAUGUUGUGAUGAUAUGCUUGUUAUCUUUAUGGCAGAGAGCUGGAUGAGCAGAUUGACUGAUACAAUUUUCACGACUGUUCUUUAAAUUCAAAACGGCAAGCAGCAGCGGGUUAGUUUAGCAUGAACUCUGGAAAGGUUGUGAAACAGCCAGCCGAGCUCCGUUGGUUCUUGAUUGAGCUUUAGAUAUAUAAACAUAUGACCAAACGCAAUAAUUGUAUUAAGUAUCUGUCCAAAAUCCUCAUUUCAGUAUUGAGCAAUGAGAAAUUAAAUGCUGAGCUCGAGAUGUUUUUUAAGUUGUCCUGAAAAAUUGUUCCCAAGGUAAUAGUAAAUUCAUCUUUCGCCAAAGAAAUGGACUGUGAGAGGAUGUUUUGUUUUUUUUAUUCCUCAUAAAUACAGUUGAUCCACAGGGGAUGGACUGUUUGUUGGCUGGUGCUGCACCAUAUUCUGUGAACUUUGAUUAGAUAAGGAACUUGGCCUAAAUUGCCACCAUAAACAUUUAUUAUUGAUUUAUUUCUAUUAAUUUCUUACCAUACUUUGAUAGCCGUUAUCCAACAUGGCACGACCACAUUAUUUAGAUGGGGGGUCACAAAUUUUGCUAUCUAGCUUCUUGGAUAACAGAAUAUGACGUAACACCUAGAACUUUCCGGUGUCUGGUUGCCUGGCAACUGCUCGGGGCCUAGAGAGAGUCUGGCACACAAGUGUGUGUGAAACGCUUAUUUGUUUUUACACUUGUUUGUUGUACAUAUUAAACGAAUGAGACAUAACACAUUAAUUAGAGAACAUUAGAGAUGCGACUUGGCAGAUUCUUUUAGCUGUUUGUUUGUUUUUUUUUUUUUUUACUAGGCUAAGCUAACCUGCUGCUAGCUUCAUAUUAGCUGGCUAACUCUCUGGCAGAAGGAGUAUGCACACAUGUCCCAAAAUGUCUUUUAAAACUUCCUAUAUAAUCAUUAAAAUUAGCAAUUGUAAUUAGUUGAUGUCCGAGUUGCAGAUAAUUAAAGAAAAUGUGAAAUUUGUGGCACCAACAAGUGCAUAUUUACCAGAUGACCCGUAAAGUACUCUAAAUAUAAAGUCAGUUGAUAAACUGUGUAUGACUUGUUCCAGAACUUGCCCUGAUGCUGUAUUUAUUCCCGCAGUCAAACCUCUUAAUCCAAAAUGUUUAAUUAGGUCGUGCACUGAUGUGAAGUGUGUGAAAUGGUCUUGCAUAUAUAUAUCUAUAUUUUUUAUAUAUUUCAUACCUGACAGUGGUGUUAAAGUGAGUUGAGACGGUAAAUGACUUGAUGUGUCCUGGCGAACGGGUCACACUGACACAUCCAUUUAGCAAUAACAACCUGAAACAGCCCAGUAAUGUAGUGAUGACUGGGUUCUUCUUCGAAAGGUCUUAAACACUGGACUCUUCUGAGACAGUUGGUCCUCUUGCUUAGCUCUAUACUGCAUGUACACACAUGAGCUACAUGUCCAGUCAGUAUUUGUCUGAUUAAAGCUGAUUUCUCCUGCAGAGUUUAGUCCUAUGCAAAAGGUUUGUGCAGCCCUCGACUUUUUUGCACCUUUUAAUGUGCUACUGAAAAAAAUGUGAUUUUUGCAUCUGAAGUCCACACAAUGCUCUCUGUUCCAGCCAACUUUUUAAAUAAAACAAGACGGUGUAAAAGCAUA